AUGGCGAAAAGGGUCAAUGGCCACGCUUUUGUAUUAAAAGGAGAAGGCUUGUACAAUUCAAAAAGGAAGAAGAUGAACAUAUUGAACCGAAUAUUUUAUCUUGGCACGAGUCAACAAGAGUAUAUAGCUCAAAGUUCAUCCAUACAAAAUGAAGUUCAUAGUCAUAGCCUAUCAGAUGCUGAUUUUCUUAAUAAUGAAGAGGUUGUCUUAAAUAAUAGAUCUUUUAUUUUCUUUUUAGCUGAACAAGGGGUUGAAAAGAGUAUGCAUCUUAAGCAAUACAAAGAUGCUAUUUUUGAGAAUACUAUUAAGAAAAUAUUUGUUGUUAAUGAUGAUGAACACAAAAGGUACAUCUUGUCAAAUCUUGGAAAUAAGUGGAAGAAUAAUAGAUGCAAGCUAUUCAAUGAGCAUUAUAAAUCAGAACUUAGUUGGGAUGAAAAUGUUAAUUUGAAUCCAAUUGGAGUUCCCAAAGACCAUUGGGCUGUAUUUUUGGAAUAUAGAUUGAGUCCAAAAACUCAGGAAGACUUACAAAAGGAAAUUGGUGAGGGUGCUUCUAAAAAUGAAGCAUAUGUUAAAGUAUUUGGCAAAGAGAAUUCAAGCUAUGUUAGAGGUAUGGGAUUUGGUGUUCGUCCAUCUCAAGUGAUUGGUUCCUCAUCCCGCUCAAGAGAGUCUAUGCAAUCUACUACAACUAGUGGAUCAUCAAGAACUGAAUAUCAAAACUUGAAGUUACAAGUACAAUUGCUACAGGAGCAAGUAAAUUUUCUUGUGAAUCGUCAAGAGGGUCAAUUGCCACCCGGUUUUCCUACUGAGGUUGCAGAUUUUGAAUCACCAACACAUACAAGACCAUAUUCUUCUGCCAGUCAUGAACCUCAACAACAUAGGCCAUCCAACGUUUAAAGGAGUUUUAUGAUUGAAUUGUUAGGUUUACAAGUUUGGAUUAA